AUGACUUGGUCAACAUUUUUGCUAGUUUCUCUUCUUUUUGCUGGUGUGCUUUCACACUCAAAUCUCAAAAGGUACAGAUUUUUUCAGACUUGAAAAUUUGAAGGGCUCCUUAAAAUUUGAAAAAGUGAUUUUCAGAGAUUCCUGGAGUCAAAAAUGGCGAAAAUACUUGGAUGAUAGAUGGCGACAAAAUCAAGAAUAUCCGGAAAAUUAUAUGAUUUACACAGACUUUUUCGAGCGCAUCAAAUCGGGACAAGAUGUGCAAACAACACCUGAGACUUCCUCAGAGAUUUCAAAAGAAAUAUAUGGCCCAAUUUGGUAG